CGGGCGGGCGGGCGACACCGGGAGAGCGAGCAUGCCCCGAGCCCCGCUUGAUGUCGUGCGGCUCCCACGAGGGCCCGGAUCCCGCGCCCGACGCGCCCCUCCUCCGGGCGGGGCCGUCGCCGCCCCCGUCUUCCAGAUUGCCUGUGUACAGUGGGCCCGUGCCGUCUCGUGGGGCUGCCCAGGGCAUUGCAUAAGGUGAUGCCACGCCUAGGGUGACGCUGUGCUGCCCCUCUGGCUUCCUGAUUGCAGGAAAUUGAAGACAGGAGAGGAACAUGGAGUCAGACAAAAUUACAGAUCUUCGAAAUAAGCUCAAAGAGGCUGAAGAGGAGCGACUCAAAGCUGCACAGUAUGGCCUACAACUCCUGGAGAGCCAAACGGAGCUGCAGAGUGAACUGGAUAAGUGUCGUCAUGAGCUGAUGGCCGUGACUGAGAAAUACGAGCAGGAGACAUACACUCUGCAGAGGGCCGUGGAGCUCAAGAGCCGCAUGCUGGAGAGCUUGAGCUGUGAGUAUGAGGCCGCAAAGCAGCAGCAGAAGGCGCAGCUGGAGCAGCAGGAAGAGCAGCUGGGCCGGAGGCGCGCGCAGGAGGUGGGCGAGCUCAGAGACAAGCUGGGAAGGCUGAAGGCAGACCUGGACGAGGCCCGGCUGAGCGAGAAGCAGCUGAGGCACAAGGCGGAGCACCAGAGGGAGCUCCUGGCGCAGAAGGCGGAGGAGCUGCGGCUCCUGUCCGCGCGUGGGCCCGAGCGCGCCUCCUCGGAGCUGCUGGCCCUGCAGACGGAGCUGGCCGACGCGGAGCGCCUCAAGGCCAGCCUGGAGGAGGAGGUGCACGAGCUCCGUUACGCGCAGGAGAGACUGGAGCACCUGAGCACCGACCUGACGCGCCAGGCGGCGCGUCUGCAGGCCGAGAAGGAGGAGCAGGAGAGGGAAGCCGUGUCCUACUACAACGCCCUCGAGAAAGCGCGGGUGCAGAACCAGGAUCUGCAGGUGCAGCUGAGCCAGGCCCUGCAGCAAGCCCUGGACCCCAACAGCAAAGGCAACUCGCUGUUUGCUGAGGUGGAAGACCGAAGGGCGGCCAUGGAGCGGCAGCUUAACAGCAUGAAGGGCAAGUACCAGAUGCUGAAGAAGCAGAACGCCUUCUUCCGAGAGCAGAUGCAGCGGAUGAAGUUACAGAUCGCCACGCUGGUGCAGAUGAAGGGGUCUCAGACGGCAUCCGAGCAGCAGGAGCGGCUGUUCGCCAUGGUGGAGCAGAAGAACGGGGAGAUAAAGCAUCUCCUAGGGGAAGUGAAGAGUCUGGAGAAAUUUAAGAACCUGUACGAGAGCGUGAAGCAGAAGCCCGCCGCGGAGCCCAGCUCCUCCGCCCCGGGAGACAGCAGCUACUACACAGACCUGCUGCAGCUGAAGAUCCAGGAGCUGACCAAGGAGAACGAGAGCGCCCGAGGCGAGCUGUCCAUCCAGCGCAUGAAGGCCUUGUUUGAGAGCCAGCGCACCCUGGAUUUUGAGCGGAAGCUUUUUGCCAAUGAAAGGUGCCUCCAGGUUCUGGAAAGUGAAAAUAUGAAGCUAAGAGCUAAGCUGGAUGAAUUAAAGCUGAAGUACGAACCCGAAGAGGCGAUGGAAGUGCCUGUUCUCAAGAAGAGACGAGAGGUGUUACCCGUGGACGUCAGCGCCCCUGAGGGCCAGCCCGCCCACAGUGCUAGUGGGAAGGAAGUUUCUAGACUCUCACCUAGCAAGGAGGAGACACAGUCCUGUCCAGACAACUUCAAAGAUAACUCGCAGUUAGAAAAACCAGUGUCUACGGACGAGCCCGUCACCAGUGUCGCCGCCGGCAAAAAUCUGCCCCCAGACGCCCAGCCCAAGAAGGAAAAGAAGUGUGUGAAGCUCGUGGACGCCCCGGCCGACGCCGAGGCCUUCGACGAGAGAGACGGGCCCUCCCCCGGCCCGGCCAGGCUGGCUGUCGGUUCGAGGCUUCAAGCAAAAGCUGAAGAGGAGGACGAAGCCCCAGGCAAGCUGGGGAAGGCGCCGUCCAGGAAGGCGCACCCCGUCCUGUAUGUGCCCUCCAAGCCGGCGGCGCAGGCGCAGUGCGCGCAGCAGUAGGGCCACGGGGCCCCG